AUGGCUCUUGACAGCAUGUGGGCUUCACCAGUGUCAAUCAUAGGGGAUGGACCUGCCACAAAAGUGAGUGAACAGGUGGCCCUCCAGACACAGGCCCUCCAGACACAGGCCCUCCAGACUGCCUCCUUGAAGGAGGGCCCGGCCAAGAGGGCAGUGUGGGUCCGCCACAAUAAUUCGAAGCGAGAAAACUCUACUAAAGUCACAGUAGCCAAGGACAGGUCCAAGCAUGAUGUAACCACAGCAGUGGUCGUGGACCUAGGCACUGGCUACUGUAAAUGUGGCUUUGCUGGUCUGCCAAAGCCCACCCACAGGAUCUCUACAACAGUUGGCAAGCCCUACAUGAAGACAGCCAAAACUGGAGAUAAUCGAAAAGAGACCUUUGUGGGGCAAGAGUUACUCAAUCCUGAGAUACGUCUGAAGCUAAUCAAUCCUCUUCGACAUGGGAUCAUCUUAGACUGGGAUACAGUGCAGGACAUAUGGGAAUAUCUCUUCCAAAAUGAGAUGAAGAUUUCCCCAGAAGAUCAUGCAGUAUUGGUUUCAGAUCCCCCCCUGAGCCCUCAUACCAACCGAGAGAAGUAUGCAGAAAUGCUGUUUGAAACUUUCCACACACCUGCUAUGCAUAUAGCCUACCAGUCUCGCCUGUCCAUGUACUCAUACGGAAGGACCUCUGGUCUGGUGGUGGAGGUUGGUCAUGGUGUGUCAUAUGUGGUCCCCAUCUAUGAGGGUUAUCCUCUGCCCAGCAUCACCGGGAGGUUGGACUAUGCAGGCUCUGAUCUGACAAACUACUUGAUGAGCCUGCUGAACAGUUCAGGAAAGGCCUUCACAGGGGAGCACAUGGGCAUCCUGGAGGACAUCAAGAAGAAAUGCUGCUUUGUGGCCCUAGAUCCUAUUGAAGAGAAGAAAGUACCACCUGCAGAGCACAUGGUCCAGUACACGCUGCCUGAUGGGCAGGAGAUUAGCCUGUGCCAGGAGAGAUUCCUGUCCACCGAGAUGUUCUUCAAGCCUUCUCUGAUCAAGUCCAUGCAGUUGGGGCUACACACCCAGACGGUGGCCUGCCUGAACAAGUGUGAUGUUGCUCUCAAACGAGAUCUCAUGGGGAACAUUCUGCUGUGUGGGGGCAGCACGAUGCUCAGCGGUUUCCCCAACCGCCUGCAGAAGGAGCUGAGCAGCAUGUGUCCCAAUGACUCGCCGCAGGUCAAUGUACUGCCAGAAAGAGACACUGCAGUGUGGACUGGCGGCUCCAUUCUUGCCUCACUCCAAGGUUUCCAACCGCUGUGGGUCCACCGCAGUGAGUACCAGGAACAUGGCCCUUUCUUCCUCUACAGAAGAUGCUUCUGA